AUGGCUCGUGGUCCAAAGAAACAUUUAAAAAGAUUAGCAGCUCCAAAUCACUGGAUGUUAGAUAAAUUAUCUGGUAAAUGGGCACCAAGACCAUCAAGUGGUCCACACAAAUUAAGAGAAUGUCUCCCAUUAAUCCUCGUCUUAAGAAACAGAUUAAAGUAUGCCUUAACCAAAAAGGAAGUCACCUUAAUCUUAAUGCAAAGACUCGUCAAAGUUGAUGGUAAAGUCCGUACCGAUCCAAACUACCCAGCUGGUUUCAUGGAUGUCAUCUCAAUUGAAAAGACCAAGGAAAAUUUCCGUUUACUCUUUGAUCCAAAAGGUAGAUUCACAUUACAAAGAAUCACCCCAGAAGAAGCUAAAUUCAAAUUAGCCCGUGUCACCCGUGUUGAAACUGGUAACCAAGGUAUCCCAUACGUCCACACUGAUGACGGUCGUACCAUCCGUUACCCAGAUCCAGCCAUCUCAAUCCACGAUACCAUUAAAAUCGAUAUUGAAUCAGGUAAAAUCACUGCUUUCAUCCCAUUCGAAGUCAACAACUUAUGUAUGAUCGUUGGUGGUCACAAUUUAGGUCGUGUUGGUGCCGUCACUCACCGUGAAAAACAUCCAGGUUCCUUCGAUAUCGUUCACGUUACCGAUACUGCUGGUCAUCAAUUCGCCACUCGUUUAUCUAACGUCUUCAUCAUUGGUAAAGCCUCCCAAACUUUCGUCUCCCUCCCAGCCGGUAAAGGUGUCAGACGUUCAAGAGUUGAUGAACGUAACGCUGCCCUCAAGAGACGUGGUGAAAAAAUCGAAACCGUUGCUUAA